AUGCAGCGCCAAGAGCAGGACCCGGUGUGGCACAGCAGACGCGUGUUGACCCAAGUGCAACAGAAGUUCGCUGCUAUUGCUGUGCCGGUGGGUGCAGUAACCUUGGACGAGCUCACAGUGCGAACAAAGGCCCGCUCCGGAGCCAAGACGUAUAUGCCGUCGAAGCCGGACAAAUAUGGUGUCCGCUUAACGUGGCCGCUAGUGGUCCCACGAUUGGUUGAUUAA